CCUUGCAUGUGUUUGUAAAUAUUCAGGCACGUUGUCGUUGUUGUGAUUUUUUGUGUACAGUUUUAUCAAGUUUUUUCGCGAAAUUUUGCCUUAAAAAUAGUGUCUUUAUAAAAAUAAUGGAUUUUCAAGAAAUGGCAGUCAUCGACGAGAACGCUGCGUCAGAGGGACCACAACGUAGGGAGUCAGGCAAGAGAGGACGUAAGCCGGGGCGCAAAUCCGCUGACAAAGUUGACAUGAAAGCGAAACUAGAACGCAGUCGUCAAAGCGCCAGAGAAUGUAGAGCCCGCAAGAAGCUAAGAUACCAAUACCUUGAAGAGCUUGUGGCCGAUAGAGAAAAAGCCGUUUUUGCACUCAGAAAAGAACUUGAAAAAUACGUUCAACUUUCUCGGGAUAUUGACGAGGGAAAGAUACCUGAAGGCAUUCAUGAACUAUUGCAAGAUACAUCAAAUUUGCACCUCAAACAAGAACCUUAAAUUACCCUUUUCAAGAUUGUGAUAUUUUAUAAAAAUUGUUAAUUCUGUCUAUUGUAUGCUUUUUUAAAAAUUUUACUUUUAUUCCUUUUUUUUCUCAUAUUAAGUUUUAUUGUAAUUUUGUUAUUGUUAUCUUAUUCUUAUAUUAUAUUUUACACGCGAUUUUACGAUUCUAUAAGUACUUAUUUUAAAAAAAAUAAUUUUGUGGAUUUAAUAUUUUAAAUUGACAGCUAGUUUUAUCUUUUAAAAACUUAUAUUUUGUGUAUUGUAAAUUUAUGCGAAAACAUAUAUGUAUUUUCAAACCAACCA